AUGGCGUUUUUGAGAUCUAUCGUUUUCUCCACAGUUCUUCUCUGUCUCGUUCACUCCGCUUUCUGCUUCUACCUUCCCGGCGUCGCUCCACAGGACUUCGUUAAGGGAGAAGUUUUGGAGGUGAAAGUAAACAAAUUAACAUCAAUAAAGACCCAGCUUCCAUACUCAUAUUAUUCACUUCCUUAUCCUGCACCCAAAAAAAUACAAGAUAGUGCAGAAAAUCUUGGGGAAGUGCUUCGCGGUGACCGCAUUGAAAAUUCACUCUAUGUGUUUAAAAUGCGCGAGCCACAAAUGUGUAAUAUCGUGGGUAAAGUUAAACUUGAUGCUAAAAAUGCCAAGGAGUUCAAAGAGAAGAUCAAUGACGAGUAUCGGGUGAACAUGAUCCUAGAUAACCUUCCUCUAGUUGUUCCCAUUAAAAGGAACGAUCAGGAUUCUACUGUCUAUCAGCUUGGUUUCCAUGUUGGACUCAAAGGGCAGUAUAGUGGGAGCAAGGAGGAAAAGUAUUUUAUCCACAAUCAUUUGGCAUUUACCGUGAAAUUUCAUAGAGAUGUGCAAACUGAAUCUGCUAGAAUCGUGGGCUUUGAGGUUAAGCCGUUCAGUGUUAAACACGAGCUUGAUGGUAAAUGGGAUGAGCAAAAGACUCGUUUGACAACAUGUGACCCUCAUGCUAAGCACACAGUUAUGAACAACAACUCCCCUCAAGAAGUUGACGAGAACAAGGAAAUUAUCUUCACGUAUGAUGUUGAUUUUCUGGAGAGUGAUGUGAAGUGGGCUUCAAGAUGGGAUGCCUAUCUGCUAAUGAAUGAUGACCAAAUUCACUGGUUCUCUAUUGUUAACUCAUUAAUGAUUGUUCUAUUCCUUUCGGGCAUGGUGGCAAUGAUAAUGCUGCGGACACUAUACCGUGACAUUGCAAAGUAUAACGAGCUUGAGACCCAGGAAGAAGCCCAAGAGGAGACUGGUUGGAAACUUGUCCAUGGGGAUGUAUUUAGGCCUCCUGUCAGCUCAGAUUUGCUGUGCGUUUAUGUUGGAACUGGUGUUCAGUUUUUUGGGAUGAUACUAGUAACCAUGAUAUUUGCCAUCCUUGGGUUCCUUUCUCCUUCAAACCGAGGUGGGCUCAUGACAGCCAUGCUCUUGGUUUGGGUUUUCAUGGGAAUAUUUGCUGGUUAUUCUUCAACUCGCUUGUACAAAAUGUUCAAAGGAUCAGAAUGGAAAAAAAUUGCACUCAAGACUGCAACCUUGUUCCCUGCAAUUGUGUCUGUCAUUUUCUUUAUAUUAAAUGCUCUCAUAUGGGGCCAAAAAUCAUCUGGAGCUGUGCCAUUUGGAACAAUGUUUGCCCUGAUCUUCUUAUGGUUCGGGAUCUCUGUUCCACUUGUUUUCGUGGGUAGCUAUAUUGGUUUCAGAAAACCAGCAAUUGAGAAUCCUGUGAAGACAAACAAAAUCCCAAGGCAGAUCCCUGAGCAGGCCUGGUACAUGAACCCUGCCUUCUCUGUUUUGAUUGGAGGAAUACUUCCAUUUGGAGCUGUUUUCAUUGAGCUUUUCUUUAUCCUCACCUCAAUCUGGUUGAAUCAGUUCUACUACAUCUUUGGGUUCCUCUUUUUGGUCUUCAUCAUCCUUGUUGUCACUUGCGCUGAAAUAACCAUUGUGCUCUGCUACUUCCAGUUGUGCAGUGAGGAUUACUUGUGGUGGUGGCGUUCAUACCUUACUUCUGGUUCUUCUGCACUAUACCUCUUUCUUUAUGCAACAUUCUACUUCUUCACCAAGCUUGAAAUCACAAAGUUGGUGUCUGCAAUAUUUUACUUUGGAUACAUGCUUAUAGCUUCUUAUGCGUUUUUUGUGGUAACCGGUACUAUUGGAUUCUAUGCAUGCUUUUGGUUCACAAGGCUCAUCUACUCUUCGGUCAAAAUUGAUUAG